AUGUGUAGUUGGUCUUAUGCUCAUGGCUUAUGGAUGUAUCGAGAGAUAUUUUCUUGUUUUCCAUCGAGUUUUUUUCUAGAGACAUUUGAUCCUACUUCACUAUAUGGUCCAAUAGCCUUCUGUGUAAUCUAUCCAUUACUAUUUUACACAGUAGUGAUUAUGACAUAUCCAUGCCAAAACGAUUUUGAUUAUACUAAAUAUGUUUGCGGUGGUCCAUGUUAUCAAUUUGAGCCUGGCAUAGGUUUAUUUGACUGGUUUUGUGAUGUAUUUGGUCCAAUUAUUGUAGGUACUGUUGCAACAAUGGUACUCAUCAUUCGUGUAAUUCUACAGAAACAUCGUGUAGGUCAACGUGCUAUCUGGCAACGCAAUCGUAAAAUGGUGAUCCAACUAGCAGCUCUUUCUACUAUGUAUAUCGCUGUUUGGAUACCAAAUAUUAUAUCUUUCGUCAUUCCAAUCAUUGUUCCAAAUCAACUUGCUCUUGAUUUAGCCUCAAAUGUGUUUUGUUACUUUGAAUACUUCGCUGUUCUUCUUUGUCCGUUCGUAUGUCUCGUUGGACUUCCUGAAGUGCGUCAGUCUAUAUAUCAGAUAUUUAUUCGAUUCAAUACUAUACAACCAUCAUCCCAAAAUCCUAUAGAAUUCCUUAGGCCUUUACCACAACGUGCAUUUGGAAAAUAA